GCCUAGAAGCUUUUGUUUAGACAUGGAGUAUGGCUUAUGAAGAGUGGGCAUUUUGGCUCGUUCUACGAGUUUGGUAUGUGUCCUCGAUCUGUCUUCACUGUCAACACUUCAUUGGCGCGGCUGAACACGUGUUAGGCCAACAGAAGGCGAGCGUUCACUAUUCAAGCAACAAGUCGGCAGGUAAGUGCAAUAAGUCUCAAAGAUUUGUACCAUGCAUUUACAUUUUGUUGAAAUUAUAGAAUGUUCAAGGUUGUGACAUGAUUCUGUCGUAAGAAAAGAAGUUAACAAUAGCGAAAGAUCUUCGGAAUCGGCGGUGUUCUGAACUGUUUUGCACAUGAAAAGGUUGGUUGCUUUUUCGAAAGUCAAUCAUAUUGUUAUUCUCUUCAUAAUUGUUUGUGUCGAGCGCUUCCGCCUUUUGCUUGACUUCCUCCUUCGCUGAAGGAGAAUGAAGUAUCCUUUUCCAACAUGAAAUACAGCGGCUCACAGUUAUGGUGUUGUUAAAGCACAACAUUUUCGGGACACAACGAUUUCUAAAGAAUUUGUAAACGUACAGGUACCUGUUAAAUGAGCAACUAAUUUUGAAAUUUACCAACGGGUUAAAACAUGCUGCGUGAUAUUUAUGAAGCUCAGAGAUUUACCUUUGGACUUGAUAGUUUUAUUUCUAAUUUCAAGAGUGUUCUGCUGUUGUUGGAAAAACUUGGCCGAGCUUCACUGUCAAACUGCUGUCAGGAACUUUUAAGUCACGCUGUAAAAUGUAUCACACCAGAAUUGGAACCCUUUUGAAUGGGAUGCACCUGCUUGGUGUCUGGUGUUUAUUUCUAAGUCAUUGAUGUUAACCCUGUAACUAAUAAGAUCUGAUGGUUAGUUCUCCCCUCUUGCUGCUGCACAUUUCUCUGUAAAGGAGAGUUUUUUGUUAGAUCAAGAAAAAAACUUCUACCUGAUAAGUUUGAGUAAAUCUCAUUACCUAUUUGCUGGAUAUUGUAUAGAUGUUAUUAGAGAACAUUUACAGGUUAACACACUCAGCGAGUGAAUUAUCAGGAUGUACCUGCCCAAGUUCAGUCAAACCAUAAAUGAGAAAUUUCAAAACUACACAAGGCUUUGCUGAGUGUGGUAUGUAAAAUUUUGAGUUCAUUGUUUGUGAAUGAGUACAGGUAAAUCCUGAUAAUCGAUGAGCAAUGAAUGCAUUAAUAGUUUUUUUAUUCAAAUUAAAUACACGGCGCAAAGAAACACAACACACAAAAACACCUCAACCAGCUUGAACGAAAAUUUAGAAUUUGUAACCUAACUUUUCAAAACAGAUAUUCCCCAAGCAGUUGCUUUCUUGGUGUUUAUAGGGAUUGCAUCAUCAAUAAGAGAAUCAAUGUCUGCAUCUGACAAAUUGACAAACUUUGAGUCGGUGGAAGCUGUAGUGUGAUGACAGUGGUGUGUUGAAUUUACACCACAGCUAUUACACCAUGAUAAUGAUGUCAUGGAGGUUGUUUUUGUCACAACCCAGUAUCACGUUGUACAAAUCAGCCAAUCAGAAAAUCAGAAUUUGUACAGUGAAAGUGAAAGUUGAAUAAAAAUUAUAUUAAUCACCCCUGAGAGUUGAAAGUUAAGAAAGUUAUAGGAGAAGUUGUGGGAAAUUCACUGUCUGUGAAUGUUAAACUUUAUGAUAUUUGGAUGGGGGAUGUUCAACUCAUUUAACAGCCUCAAUUUUUCAUUUUUAGUGGUUGUGUUGUCAGUAGUGUUUGUGAGGGGUUCUAACUAGCUUUUAGAAAAUGCAAUAGUUUCAAACUCUUUUACAAACCAGUAAAUACAAUUAUCUUGAGCACUUGUCCCCAUGGAAAAUUUUGCUACAUUGGGGAUCUAAGAGUAUCCAUUUCUGGAGGCAGACUGAAUAGAAAAAGGAAAUCCAGAUUCAAAAAAAGGGAACGAGUCAUGUUCACACUCAACCACUUUCAAUUUCUUUGAGGAGCAAUCAACAGCAAUACUUAACAUCUUUGUUUUAAUUUCACCUAAUUGCUAGAGGAAAUACAAGAACAACAAAAACAACAAUUUAUUUGUAAUUUAUUGACAAACAUUACACAACUAUCCUUAGCUAUCUAACCCAUGAGAGUGAUAAGCGUCUGAUUCUUCCAACAGUAUCACCUCUGAAUGGGUGUGGACAGAACGUGGGGUUGGCCAUGGCCUACCCUGUGGCCUACCCUAUGGCCUACCGGUGGUCAGAUUUCUAAAAACAUAAAAAUAAAAUCAGUAAGAGUUGAACGAGUACGCUGGCGUACAAUUCUAUGUCUCUAAAUAGGGUAUACUAAAAAGUCACUAUCACGAUUUUGAACGUCUGAGGGAACGAAACAAUGCAAUUAUUACAGCACUCAGCCUUGAAACAUCCUAACUCUGUCUUCCCCACCCAUGCACUCAACCAUAACGGUAGGUUAAGGGGGAGGGGAGAGGAGGGGCCAAUAUUGCGUGGUCGCUGAGGAUAUCCACAAUGGCGGCUUCACGAUCCAUACAGGCUGCUAGCUAGUAACAUCAUAGUUAUUAGAGGAGACUAUGGUAACAUAUAGUGGAGUGCUAGUGUAAAAGUGUAAUGAACGGCGUUAUAUCGAACAACAUAUCCAGGUAAGAAAAUGAAAACAGUACGUGCCAGGCCAAUUUUUUAAAGUGCCUCUUUAGUGCUGCAGAGUAAUGAAUUUGCAACAAGCACCCCGGGACAUGCAGGCAUCGCCGUCAUAAACGUUUCACAAACUUUACUUGCUUUUCUUACUGAAGUGUGGUAGUAUAACAAUACAAGUGGUGUAUUAAGCUGUUCUCUGUGCAACAGGAAGUUCAUUUGGGAUACUAUAUUGCAUGACAUUGUGACAAAAAGAUAUAGCACACAGAGUAAUUGACAAAUUUAACAAUCUGUUUAAUAAUUUUUCUUUUCUUUUUAUAUCUCAAAAUAAAUGUCCUAAAGUUAGUUAAUUAACUAAUUAUUCGACUCUUACUGAUUUUAUUUUUUAUGUUUUUAAAAAUCUGACCACCGGUAGGCCAUAGGGUAGGCCACAGGGUAGGCCACAGGGUAGGCCAUGACUUAAACCAUAGCUUAGGCCAUGGUCUACCCCACGUUUUUGUCCACACUCCCUCUGAAUCAAACAUUAAGGUCAUGGGAAUGAAGGAAAUGAUUGCCAAAUCAAGAACCUCUUGAUUGUUAUACAAAUUCUCUUUGUAAGUUGAUCCAUAGGAAACUUUCAGAGAACAAUGUGGAAACUUGCUAACUGAUGUUAGGUUACAAAGGGUUAACAAAUAGGAAUGCAGAGAGAGUAACUGUUAAGUGUACCAAAUUCAGUAGAGUGAUUUAAUUUUAGAGUCAUGUAUUGAUUAUUAUUUCCAGGGUUAUAUUUAGAAACUUCAAACGAUGUGACAAUCAGAGUGGGGAAACUACUUCAGUUGAACUGCAGUAUAAUUGGAGCAGUUAAUUCCUCUCAGUUAUCCUGGUAUCGUGGGAAUCAGAGUUUGUCCAAUCACACAACAAAACUGAGCAAUGAAACCAUUCAGUUGAUAAUAGAGCAGGUGGACUGGAUUAACAAUGGAAGUUACGUGUGUAAAGAAAAAGGGAAGAAUAACAUAGUUCAACCCAAGUCUGUCGCAGUGACAAUUGGUGGUAAGUAAAAACUACAUUUUUCUUACAUCAUUCUGUCAUGUGCUGGGCUCAAUUAUUCAAUAUUGUACAGGGAAGGUGUUUGGUAACAAAAAUUUCUAUAGAUAGCUUUGGUAAGUACUUGCUUGAUGUUUAAUUGAUAUGAUAGUCAAUAAAUAGUGGAUACUUGGUCAACAAUUGGUCAUGGGAUAGGUGGAUACAGCUCUACUGCAACCAGUUGCACUAGAGCUUGUUACCAUGAUUUCAGUCAUCCAACUAGACACACAGUGAGGAAGGAGAAUAAAACUGAAUAAAUUUGUUAAGUGGAUCUGUAUAUUCAAACGGCAUAAUGUUAUUUACAAAGUUCUAUUUACUGUAUUUACCCAUGUAUAAUGCGCACCUGUGUAUAAUACGCACCCUCAUUUUUGACCUCUUUUUUCUAAAAAAAAGGAUUUCAAGAAAAACACCAAGAAUUAAAACUUCCAUUUUACCAUUUAAUUAACAAGAGCUGGGAAUUCAUAAAUAAUAUAGUAACAACAAUUUCUAACUAGUUGCUACUACAAACAUCGUACACACCGAGCACCUACUUAAUACAAGCUUUGCCAUUCAAUAACAGUCAGACGUUUUACAAAUGUUGUAACUUGAAGUCCUCAUUAAUAUACCUAAAUUCGCAACUUCUCACAGCACUGCUGGUAGCUUGAAUAUCAUCACUGCAUUGCAAUUGCUUUCGAUUUAAGUAAAAUGUUCAGUGUCUUUAAACAACGAAACCCUCAAAUUCUGACUCACAGUCCGAUUCAAAUAGGUUUUCGAUUUGUUCUUAGUUGAAUUGUAAACCAAUUCAUCUUGUGAUCCAUCCAAAUUAUUUGUGAUCUCACACUUCAGUAAAGAGGCAGUGAUCAUUUCUGACAGAAUGGCUUUCCAUGCUUGCGAAAUCCACUAACAGAUCAGUUCCCCCGAAGCCCUCUUUUGUCAUCCAGAGUCGGUAAAUUCGUGAAUUCCAUCAGCCAUCCAGUGCUUUCGGACUCCAUCUUUAAACAGUUUGUUCAAAGAUACAUCAAGCAGCUGGAGAAGGAAAGUUAACCCGCCAGGAAUCACAGCAAGAUCAAUGUUCUCGCGUUUAAAGGACGCUUUCACAGUAUCUAUCACGUCAGCUUCAAAUGAGUUGUAAACAAGCAAGCUCUUUCUCCUCUCCAGGCCACCAAUCCAUGCAAUUUUACUUUCUUUGUUGUGUUUUUAACAUAUGCAAAUUAGGACAGGCUUGACAAACAAUAGAAUCCGUGUAUAAUACGCACUGCAAUUUUGAUGAUUAUUUUUACAGAAAAGAAGUGCGCAUUAUACACAGGUAAAUACGAUAUACAAUUAAUAUGUUUUAUACACUUAAUGCCCUUGUAGAUAUUCCAAGUCCACCUAGAGAUGUAUGGGUGAACAAUGUGGAGUAUAAAACUCGUAUUCAUUGGAAGGCCCCAUUGUACAGUGGUGGAUUAAAACUAAAGUAUGCUGUCAAAGCAAGAUGUGCAUUUAAUACAUCAAGUUUAAGUGCUGAUCAGCUGUGGGAGUGUAAAAAAGAUUUCUUUACAAUCAGUUCUGAAAGUCAUUUCCAACAAGAACCAGGAGCAGGAUCUGAUAGUUUUUUUUGUGAUGUUUUUAAGUUCCUUUCCUACCCACACUCUGCCUAUGUUGAGGCUAUAAAUGACUUAGGAACUGGUGUAAGCAAUCCUGUGGAAUUCACCCCGAACGUCAUGUAUGAUCCACUUUUAAGUGAGUACUAGCAGCAGUUGCUGCUACCAAGAUAAUAUUCUGUGAUUUUACAUGUGUUGCCUAUCAUCAUCAUGAUUAUAAUUUGUUUUGUGAAUGCUCAGGGUAUAUGUUAAUUAUUAAUCAUGAGAGAUGGGUGGCCUGACAUACAAGUUCUGACAGAGGUUCUGACAUACAAGAUAUUUUACAGUAUCUCACAUUGCCUCUCCUUACCCAGGACUAAACAUGGUUACAGGUAAAUUGUCUGGGAAACCCAGCUGACAAAGAACUGGGGGAACUGCAAAAGUUAAUGAGAAAGGACUUGCAUCCUGAUUCUGGAGAAAAGUAAUUUGCUUCUGAUCACUGCAAGCUACACUGUAUGAAGAGUGGAAUAAGUUUUAGGAUCUUUUGUGCUACUUGGCUCAAGUGCAGACUCUAUUAACCCAUUAUCAAUUAAGCAGUAAUUAUUUUGCAAUUGAUUGUGUGUGAUUGUGUGGUUGGAUUGUCUGGGUGAGGGCACUCCCUAAAAAGUACUGUUGUUAGUAUUAGUGAAUGACGUUUUGACAACCUGAGUCAUCUUCAGGGUAGAGUGAAGAGUCAAUGGCAAGUAAGUGUUAUAAUUAAGUCACUUGAGGUCUUUAAUGAUGACUUCCACUCAGGUUGUCCAUCAGUGUCAGUCACUACUGCCAGUGCCAGCAGCAGUCCAUCUCAGGACUUCCCUCACCCAGAUGCUGAAUCUUAUUAUGUGAUCGGACAGUUGUUGAUAGCCCUGUAUUUAUAAAUUUUGGUAUCCUUUGGAAUGCUAUUAAUAGCAAUUUUUUUUUAUUUUGACUGAAAUAGUCUAACAUCCAGCAUUAUUGCACUACAUUAUUGAAUCAGAUACUUUUACAUCAGAAAUAUCAUUUAGCACAUUAAGUUAGCAUUGAGAAACUUUGACAUUCAGAAUUUGCCGGAUAAUAAUCUCAAAAUACAACUUUGUACUGUCUUGUAGACAUAUUUAGUUCUGGUGAGACAUUAUGCGAUGAGUUACAAUAAUAUUUUACCAUUGUUCUGUUAUAUAUUCAGCCACUCCUUCGCCUACAGCAUUCUUGGAUGCCCGGGAAGUGGCUCCCCCUGUUACAGUGAAACUGAGCUGGAAAGAUUCCGGAAAGUUUAAAAAUCCAGCACUUCUUGUUAAGUACACCAUCAUGUACCACAGAGAAGGAGACAGUUAUAACAAGGUGAAAAGUUUUGUCUUCAUGUAGUCAUACCCUCCCCUUCCCUAGGACAAACGGAGGCUCCUUUCUGUAUCUCCAAGGGGGGAGGGGGGGGGAGGAAGGUUAGGCUACAUGUAUGUAUGCACUAUGAAAAUUCUUACAGUACAACUGCUACUGUAACUAGCACAAUCCCAGAAUCCUUUCAACACUUGAUUGGAAAUUGCUCCAAUCAAGGUCCGUGUAGUUUAAUUACAUAUUAGCCCAUAAAUUACAUGAAUAGAAAAGAAGAUCUCAGAGAGACAGCAGAGGAACAACCAAGAAAGUUAACUUUCCUCAUUCCUCGUAAGAAUUUUGUUUGCUAUUUAUUACUAUCUCUAUUUUUUUGCUGUUAUAGAGUAAAACAAUAGAUUCCCGAACGAAGACUUUGAUAACUGAUUUGGUUGGUUUAUCCUGGUAUCAUUUCUACUUGAUGGUACGGUAUGGUAGGAAAUCAUUUGAUGACAACACAACUUCAUACGGUAUCGACAGUGAAGCGGUUGAACGAAAAUUCAGGACCAAGAUUUCAGGUAAUGAGGGUGAAGUCGUUUUCUAAUUGAGGGUUUACAUUUUAUUGAUUAUACUGGUUAAUUAUUAGAAGUUGUAACUUCGUGGGCUAAUAGAAUCAUGAUUUAGCUUGGUUUUUAAGCUGUAUGAAUUAAGUUCAAAACUUAUCCAAAUUAAAUGGAACACUUUCAAGAACAUGAAAAAGAUAUCAGUGCUAAUAGUGGUUCCUAAUAUUGAAUAAAAAGAAAAACCGCUCCAAUAGAAACUAUGCUAAGUGUGAUUUUUGAAUGGUACCGUUAUGUUUCUGUCUCCGACGGGUACAUGAUUAUAUGGAACGAAUUUAAAAUAAAAACUGCACUCCUUCUUAAUAUUGGCAGCGGUUAGAACGAUUAAGUUUAUUUCAUUUUCGCUCGUCAUUUUUUUGUUUAGAAACAUCACAAAAUCAUGUGGCGGUUAUUUUAGAUGUGAGUGGUUCUAGUAGAAUUUUAGCGUUAAACUUUAAAUUAUCUCUUUAGUGGUAAUUACUAACAGCAAAAUGUGGUAUGAUUUUUCCACCAAUCGGAACAUUCGCAUACCUUUAACCCUUUGGCUCCUAAUUUCCUUCAAAGCAUCCAAUAUCUCCUUGCAAUAUCAUGUCUGAAUCAUAUUUUAAGGUUACAAGAAAAAGGGAAGUGAUCAACAACCAAAGAAGCUCUUGAUUGUUAAAAAAAUUCUUCUUAUCAGCUCUCAAGGAAGUGUCUAGAGAAGAAGUUUGGCGAAUAUGCUUACUGGUGCUGGGUGUAAAGGGUUAUCAACGGAAAGCUAUUUCGAAAUAUCAAGAGGUCCAGCAAAUUAACAUCACUUUGUGUGGAACAUCGAGCUCUGACAAUUUUCUUUUUUCCCAUUUCAGCACCAAAGCCCCCGGUAAUAUCGAACUGCAGUUCUUGGAGUAAUCUAAAUUCUAAGCCUGCCCUGACAGUCACCUGGGUUGUAAGUUCCCUCUGUUUUUUUUAAUUUCUUUUAGCUCGAGUUCUUGAUUGAUUGCUGGGAAAAAAGUCUAUUUUGUUGGGAAUGCAUUCUUUUUGUUGUGAUAUACAGUUAUAAACAACCAGGUAGCUCGCAAGCAGGCGGCUCUCUACGGGUAGCCGGAUUCGAGACGAGUCGGGGAGAUGUUUUCCGGGGGUCUGGCACUAUCAGUGUUAGACCCCUUGCAGACCUCCCGCUGGCUCGCGUUGUUCAACGCUUCAUACUUUCCCGCAGGCGGAGAAACGCUUGUGCCGAAAUGCUGAUGAUACGUGUCUGCUAGCAAGCUAGCGAUCAGUUAAAUUGCUCAGGGUAAUACAGAGAUACGUGUGCCCUGAUUGGUCGAGAAUUUCGUUUGUGCUCGUCGUGGCGGCAUUCAACGGCUGCAGCUUUGAGUUGGUUAUGCUCAGGUGAAUCGUCUCUUGAUUCUAGGUUCCAAAAGCGGAGUAUUUCAAUGGCCCAUUGAGGAAUGCUGUCGUACUUUACCGUUGUCAGAGAGGAAACCAGUUAAUCUCAGGAAAUAUAACCACCAAUAAUGGUAGCACUCACAGUGUGGUCAUUCCUGCUCUUAAGCCGUCUGACAGAUGCAAUGUGCAGAUGAAGCUGUGUAAUGAACCGGGUCAGCUAUGCAGUGUUGUUAGCGGAAUUUGCCGCACUGGGGGCGACACAGAAGGUAUGGGUUGACUAAAAUAACUGCAGAAAGUAAACAGAAGGUCGUAAGCCCAGUGGCUCGCACCAACGGAGCUUGUUACCUUUUCCUCCAGCAUGAAGAUCAUACAGUAGUCAGAGAUUUUGUUGUUAUUUUGUUUUUGGUUGUUUUUUUUUUCCGUUGGGGCACAGUUUUCCGGUUCGUAGCGACAGUGAGCUAGUUUUGGCGAUUUUCGGUUCAAGGAGUAGAACCCUGACAACAGAGGAAACAAAGCAAAAAUUUGUUAGAGAAAAACUUCUUUGUACACUUUUUUAAACCGUUACCCAUGGUGUUCACCCAAUUCUAUGCUCAGUCUCCUUUUCCAUUUUCUUUCUUUUUUUUUCUAUGAUUAAUUCUACCUGUGUUCUUCCUUUUUCAGUAAGUUCUGUGCCGCCAUACAAGGUUUCUAAAAAAAACCUCGCCAAAACAAUAUUGAUCGCCGUGGCGGGAGCAGUUGGAGGAAUUUUCCUGGUGUUUGUCGUCUUCAUGUGCUAUAGGUGAGGUCGAUUAUUCUUUACGGAUGAGGGUAGGGAAGGGGGGUCGUUGUUCACUACCGGUGGGCAGAAAGUUAUGGAAGGGAUACUGUGUUUGUAAUCAGGUGGAGGCAUAGGUGGUAACUCGUUGAGUCUUGUUUUAAUUCAGUGAGAAAGGAAAUUGCAAUUUCAAAUUUUCAAAUUUAUUUCACUUGAACUCUUUCCUACAGAAAUCGUCCAAGAGGAAACAGAAGACCUCCUUUGGGAGCUGUUCUGGUAAGAGGGAAAGAAAACCAUAAAUAACCCAUAUCAUGUGUGUGAAUAGAUUUCAAAUCGUAAAUGUUAAGCUUGGUUGUAGCGUCAUACAUUUACGAUAAAUGAUAAAAGGUUUCUCAAUUUUUUUUUUCACGACCGAGCUCAAAGUACACUACACCUCUUAACUCUUGACCCUUUAGAGUGACCUACAUCUAAUUUCUCCUUACAAUAUCAUCCCCAAAUUACACACUAAGGCCACGAGAUUAAAAGAAAUGAUCACCAACUAAAGAGGCUCUCAAUGUUUAAACAAAUUCUCCUUGUCAGCACCUUGGGGAAUGUAUAAAGAAAAUUAUGGAGAAUAUGCAUACUGAUGUUACGGUAUAAAGAGUGAAUAUAAUUAACACUAUCACUAUUUGACCAUACAUACCAGACUACAGCUAAAACAUGGAGACAUCUCCAUUCCAGCCUCGUUAAAAUCCUUUCUUUUUUCGUGGUAUCUUGUUAUUUUUUAUUUUUAUUUUUUAAUUUUCUUUUUGUUUGUGAUCGGUUUCCAAAUGGUAUUGAACUCGAAUUACUACAGGGUCAAGUUUACGCGCGCUCACGCUGAUGGGACGUGGCCAAUCUUCACAGCGUUUCAUAACAUUACAAAAAGAGUGUGACUUCUACUGUUUAUCGUUAACUGUUUUCUAACCCUUAAAUCUUCACAUCAGUAUGCAUGUUCUUCUUUCUGUUCUCUAUAUAUUUCCUAUGGUGCUGACAAGGAAUCUGUUCAACAGUCAAAACCUUUUCUGUUGGUGAUCAUUCCCUUUAUUCUCAUGACCCAAAUGUUUGAUUCAGGGGUGAUAUUGUAAAGAGAAAUAAGAUGGUAGUCAUUGUUAGAGAUAGAGAGCGUUGAAAUGGUCGACAACAGGCCACCGUAAAAAUUCAGUACGUUGUCUUCAUCAGACACCAGUAGUUGCUAAAUUAGAAGAAUUUCCGUUUUUUUUUUUUUUCUAAUACAGGAUAUGCCCCCAAUCCAUGGCUAUGACGAGAUCGAGGAGUCUUUGGAUGAUGAAAACUACGAUCGAUUAGAAGUAAAUUAA